ACAAAAUAGACUUCAUCGAGAUAUUUCUAUCUGCACUUUCUUUUGAUAUCUCCGUCUUUUUUUUAACACAUAAAAAAACAAUGAACGUAUCGAUUGAACGCGUAGAAAUUAAUUAAUUUAACCAAAAAAGAUUUAUCCUGGAUCUUCCGAAUGCCGAAAAGGACAUAUAAACCGAGAAUUAUUUCUCCAAAAACCAAAGGUGACGGAGAUUUGGCAGCUAUGGUGUCGUCAACUGUAAGUGAAAAUGGGGAUUCUACUCCUGUUGUAAAGUCGACACCAGCGGUAGGUGUACCCCCAGGUGAUUACAGGCUAGUGGGAUGGGACAUGGAUGCGACAGGCCGCAGGCUCAUCGAUGAGAUAUGCCAAAUAGCUGGAUACACACCUAGCUCCAAUUAUGGCCAAUACGUCAUGCCAUUCAAGGACUUAAACCCACCUGCCAGAAAACGGCACAAUAUAAGAGUUGUGACUAUAGGGAAAUACCGAAUGCUCAAAGAUAACAAGACUAACAAGGUACUGAAGACAAAAAGUGAGAUAUCAGCAUUAAUAGACUUUAUUACGUGGCUGGAGACUGUAAAAGGAGAUGCAGCAGAUGGUAUAAUACUCGUUUACCAUGAGCCACGCAAAGUCAUCCCUUCAAUGAUUUUAGAAUCCCUAAGAAAAUUCAACCUAUUAGAUCGCUUCAAGCAAACUGUUAAAGGUUUUUUGAAUGGAUUCAACUUUGCCGAAGUCAAGUGUGCCGAUACAGUUCGCACCUUCUCCCUACGCACAUUGUCACGUGUCAUGCUUGAUAAGGAAGAGGAGCUAGACAAUGCAGUUGAUAGAGCACGUCUAGCUCUUCAAGUGGUUCAGCAUUUGAGUAUGGGAGAGGAGAGUACAAAAGGAGGUGAAGGUAGCGGAAGUGGAGAUAGCGAUGCUGCGACAAAAGGGACCAUUGAACUGAUCAGGGAAUUUGUGCAACCUACUGAAGAAGAGGAGAAAGAGCUCGAAGGCUUAAAGUUGGUGGUGAAUCGCCAAAACAGCUUAAGACCAGUAUUCGGUGCAUCGCUUUGCCAGAGUCGACGUGAACGACAACACGCCAGUCUAUUGCGCCGAUUACUCGCAGAGGCCGGUGUCGACUAUGCAGAACUGAAGGAAGCAUGGUCUUCUGGGAAAAAAGAAGGCUUGCAAAAAUUAAUUAGUCAAAAAAUAACUGGGGCCAAAGAUGAGGAAGGAGCAGAAUUGCUCGAAGUAUUGGAGUGUCAUUUUGACCCAGAAAAAAAGCCGCAGCCAAAAGCAAACAUUGAGAAAAAAGAAGGAAAGAAAGCAAACGCUAAUAAGAGCGCAGCAGAAUCAAAGGAAAACAACAAAAGUGCGGACUCUGGUACAGAAAGCCCUGACACUACGACCACCGGGUCCCCUUUGAAAGAAAAGCCGGUUCCUCAGGAAACCUUGCCUCAAAUAGAAUCUCUUGUGAUCGAUGGAACUAAAUAAGAUCCAAACACCCCUAAGCCAGUGCCUUAUUUCGAAGCGGAAUCAAGGAAAUUUCGAUCUUCGUUCUCCCGUAUUGGUAACUAUACAAAAAGUAUUUAAAAAUAUAAUGAAAAAAAAAGUAUUCAAAAGUAGAAAAGAAGAUAAGUCAGAUAAUAACUGUUAUGAGUUGUAUUUUUCGUGAUAUUCGGACAGAUGAACAAGUCCUGGAGACUACCCUAUCCGAUUCCAUUCAUAGUACUAUAUUAUAUUAUUUACUUUAGUUUGUCACAAAGUGAACAUAUAUAUUUUCUUUCCUGUUUUUAUUUUGUUUAAUAUCUAUCGAGUUAUGUUGUUUAAUUUUUUUAUUACUUAGUUUUCUAUUCUAAUAAUAAGAUUCCGUGAUCUUCUAUAAAAAUUCAAGUUAUCGGGGUUAUGGAUAAUAACCGAUUAAUAUGCCCAUCGUACACAAUUCUGAUAUCGUACGUGAGAAAAAAAAAAUAACAAAACAAUAUAGAAAUAGUCCACAUUACUACUCCGCAACUUUCAUUCGUACUUUUUAUAGUGGAUUUUUAAUAAGCAUUGAUUACCAAUUAAUUACUCCGCGCGUAACUACUGCAGUAUAACCACAGCAAUAACAAUUAGUCGUGUGUUGAGGUUUCUUCAAUCGUUUCAUGUUCGAUUUAAAGAAAGGAAUUUUUCUUCACAUUUUCAUUUCAAUCAGACGAUUACCGGCUAAAUAUUAUCGUUUGGAUGGUCAAAAUUUUUGAUAACUGAAGCAAUCGAAUGGCCGUAAAAAAUGAUAAAAUAUUCACAGCGGUGAUGCGCAUGUUAAUUACACGAUGGAAUAAACCACAAUGCAUUAAUUACUAACCGUUGAUGAGCCCAUGAGAACGUCGUUUCUUUAUAAUUGUUGAAUCAUACUAAAGUACCACUAAUCCCGUGCUAGUUAUGUUCGGAUCUCAUUGUAUUAUUAAUAUAAUAAAAGAUGUGAAUAAAUAUUUAAUUUUGCAA